AUGAAAUACGAAUUUUAACAGGAAUUUUUAGAUAUCUCUGAUGAACUAAGAUAACAAAUAGAAAUAGAAAAGAAUGAUUUGAUUCAAAAUUAAAUUGAAGUCUAUCUUUUCUUAACAAAAGCUUCUUUCGAGAUCUCACCAAAUAAUAGUAAUGAAAGGACAUAAAUCUUAUCAGGAUGUUUAUAGGGUAUUAUUGGUUCGAUAAUUGAAAUGAAGCCAAACGAAUAAUUGCUUGAAUCAUUAUUUCGAGGAGCCUGUCUUAUUUACAAAUCGUACGAGGUAAGCAACAAUAGAAAAUAAUUUGAAGUUUAUUAUUAAAUAGAUAUGUUGUAAUGGGAAAUAAUAAAUUAUUUUAAGAACGAAACAUCGAAAAAUCUAGACGAAAUACUUUUAGAAGUUGAGCAAGUACAUGAAAACAUAGUAAAAAAUUCAAAUUUAUGGAAGUAUCAUUAUCUUUGGGUGUAAAUGAUUGGAAAAAUCUUAUAAUAUAAUCCUCUCUUAACUAAAAAGAAAUUAUCUCAGCUGAUAAAUUCUUUCAACUUUGAAUUAAAGCCAGAUUAAAUUUGGAAUGAAUAUAAGAGAAAAGGAUUAUUAAUUUAAAUGAAUUAUAGAAAUGACUAAGCAGUCAUCUAACUUAAUUAACUUUAAAAUAAUGAAUUAAGUUUAAUCGAUACAAAAAUAUUAGAAGCCUUUUUCAAAGAAUGGGAAAUGUUCCUAUUACUUAAAGAUUUUCUCAUAAAUGAACAAGAUUAAAAUCACUCAUUUACAUUUGGAUCAUAUCUAAAAAGCACAUUAGCUAUUGAAGGAAAAUAACUCUAAAAAGAUGAAAUUAUAUUUGCAAUUAAUAAUAUCAAGAAGUUUUAAGACUUUCUAGUUUCCAAAAAGUUGCUUACUUUAACUAAAUAAAAUGAUGAAAAAUUGAAUGGAGUUAUAAAAAUUUUGAGUAAUUUUAUGAAAAAUAAGCAAUAUAAUGAAAGAACUACAUUAAAGAUUUCCUUAUAAUAACUCAAAAAAAUCUUAUAAACAUUAGAAGAGUAUUUCUUAAACAUACAGGAUAUCAUAAAAAUUAUGAGUCUUAAUUAACUCAAAUUGAAAAAGAAGAGUGAAAAUAAGAAUUUUGAGGAAAUUAAUAAAUUGUCGAUUAAAAAAGAGCUAUUAGUAUUGUAUAUUUUUGAAGAUCAAAAUGUUAGAGGUGAAAAUGAUGCUAUAUAAGAGCUGAGAAAUUUAAUUUUUGAGGAGUUAAAAAAUUUUGAUUCCAAACCCUUAGAAUUUUAUUUUCUUGAGUCACCUUAUAAAAAUAAAAGUAAAAUUUUUGGAGAAGUUUAAUAGUUGAUCUAGAUAUAUCAGAAAGAAAUUUACAAGUUAGAAAUAAAUGAGCUUCAAAAUGAUUUAUUGCAAUAUUUUUGGAAUUUAGUAAAUAACCUAAGUUAAUUUUAUGAAAGCAAGUGUAAAGAAAUUUAAAACACCUUUUCAGAGUUCAAUUUACACCUUAAGGAAAUUAUGAUCAUGAUGUAUUAAUUUGAAGCAGUUCCAACAAUUGCUGAGCUUAACAGAAUUAAAUAAGCCUUUGCUGAUAAGCACUUCCCUGAAUUUGUCAAAAGCUUAAGGUUCAAAAUUCUAAUGCUAAAAUUAAAAUUGGUUGCUUCAAAGAAGUCUUUUUAAUUGAUACUAGAAAAAGGGGAACCAGAGAAGUUAAAACAAUUGUCAAAACACAUAAAGAUUGAUGAAUUUUUGCUUAAUGUAAUUGAAGAUUUUCCACAAAGAAUUAUCAGAGAAAAUGUAAACUUAAACCUAUUGCCUUCUGAAUUACGCAAUAUUGAAAUCACAGAAGAAAUUUUUGAAUUUAAUUUAUCGAAGUAAAAAGGAAUAAUAAAAUACCUCAUAUUUAAAUAGAGUAUAAAUUAAAACCUGAUUGAAAAAGUAGGGAAAGAUUUAGAGUUGAUUGAAAAGGAAUUUGGAGAAUUAUGUAUCAAUGAAUCUCCUUCCUAAUAGUAUAUGUUGAAAAUUAAGAAAUUUUUUUAAAAUUUAGAACAUUAAGUUGAUGAAUCCUUAAAAAAGGUGAAGGAUGACAAAUUAAAUUUUACAGAAAUGAAAUUGGAAAAAGGGCAAUAUGAGAUUUUUUUACCUCAAUUAAAACAAAUUGAAGAUUUUAAAGAAUGUAAAUAGAUCUAAAAUUGGGAUCAAUUAAUCAGAAAAACAGAAACAGUGAUUCAAACAUUGGAAAAGUUUGGAUGUCCAGACAAGGAGAUUAUAAAAAUGUUAAUUAAUGAAGAGCUAACCCAAUUAAAAACUAUAAUAUCAAAAAUAAAUUAUGAAGUAUAGGAAUCAUCAAAAGACUAGGACGAUUAAUAAGUAGGAAAAAGUGAAAAUGGAGUUUUCCCUAAUUAAAUUGGGAAGAAAUUUAAUUUUUCUAGCAAUGAAAGCUAAAGAACUUACCUAAUAAAGUUAAAAAAAUUAAUACUGAGAGAAGAGUUUGUGCUAUUACACAAAUUACUUGAAGAAGUUGAUUUUUUUCUGAUAAAAUAAAAUAAAUUGAAGAGUAUAAAAAAGAAAUUUAACUCAUAUUUUUAGAAAGAUUGAAAUUUCGUACUAAAGAAUUUAUUUAAAAAUUUGAGUAGUUACCAUUUUCAUAAUUUAAAUUAUAUUAGAAAGAAGAUGAAAAUUUUCAUUUAUAUUUAUUAGAAACCAAAUUAUUCAAAAGGGUAAAUGAUUAAGAGAUUGCUCAAAUAAAUAUCUUUGAUUUUCUUAAUUGCUUAGAAUUUUAUUUAUAUAAAAAAUUAGAUUAAAAAAAAAGUUUCUCAAACAUCCAAGUUGAUUAAGAUUUUCUAAUCCAACAAAUAAAAUUAAUAUACUUAGAUGACAGUGAAGAAGUAGAUGUUGGGGAAGAAUCUACUGAAUAAUUAGGUUUAAUAGAUAAUCUGGUUCAAAGGUUCAAAGACCUUAAAAAUAAUGAAUAAUGGAAAAUUAAAUAGGGUCUAGUUUUUACUAUAAUUUAAAUUUCAUCCAAUUGUUUUUCAGAUUCUCUUACAUCUUUUUGUUAAAAAGUUCUUAUACAAUUGUGGGUUCAAGAAAAAGAUUUAAGAAUUAGAAAAAAAUUGAUAAAUAUCUAAAUGUAAAUUUUGUCGAAAGAUUGGUAGACUUAACAUGAUAGAAUUGCAGGGAAAAUGUAGGAAAUGUUGAGCAGAAUUGAUGACUUGUAAGAACAAAUUUCUCAUGAGGCUAAUCUCAACAAGCGAGAUUUAUACCUUAAUGAAACAACAGAGCAAUUAGAUUAAUAAAUUGAAAAUAUCAGUGAAAUGGGGUAAUAAUUGAGACUGCUAACCGAUUUUGUAAAUCAUAUCAGAAAAGGCUUGAUCAGAGUGGAGGGGAAAAUUAAUGAAAUGAAGGAAUAACUCAAAAGCAUGGGUAACGAUAUUAAAUUUUUGAGAGGAAAAUCUGUGGAAUAAUUAUUUGAAAUUCGAAAAUGGAAGGUAUUGAGAGAUGCUGCACUUAAGAGUGCUAAAUCCAUUUACAUACCGUUAGAAACCAAAGAGAUAGAUCAUAAAGGUGAAAAGAAAGAGGAUGAAUUAAGUAUUUUAAUAAAUUUAGAACAAAUUAAUGAUACUCAAGGAGAAGUGAAUGAGUUUUUAUUAGAAGAGAAAGAUACAGUGUUAUUAAUUCAUGGGGUAGCUGGAUCUGGUAAAAGUACAACAGCUAAGAAAAUAGAAGAAUUUAUUUGGAAAUUACAUAACAAUAAUAAAAAAAUUAGAAAUCAAAUUCUCAUACCUGUUUAUAUCUCCUUACCCUCCUUAAAAAAUCCUGUGUUUUAAGCAGUGGAGGAAACGCUUCAUUAAGAUGAAUACGGUUUUGACGAACUUUAACUAAAGAGUGCAAAGAGAUNAGAAAUUUCGUACUAAAGAAUUUAUUUAAAAAUUUGAGUAGUUACCAUUUUCAUAAAUUAAAUUAUAUUAGAAAGAAGAUGAAAAUUUUCAUUUAUAUUUAUUAGAAACCAAGUUAUUCAAAAGGGUAAAUGAUUAAGAGAUUGCUCAAAUAAAUAUCUUUGAUUUUCUUAAUUGCUUAGAAUUUUAUUUAUAUAAAAAAUUAGAUUAAAAAAAAAGUUUCUCAAACAUCCAAGUUGAUUAAGAUUUUCUAAUCCAACAAAUAAAAUUAAUAUACUUAGAUGACAGUGAAGAAGUAGAUGUUGGGGAAGAAUCUACUGAAUAAUUAGGUUUAAUAGAUAAUCUGGUUCAAAGGUUCAAAGACCUUAAAAAUAAUGAAUAAUGGAAAAUUAAAUAGGGUCUAGUUUUUACUAUAAUUUAAAUUUCAUCCAAUUGUUUUUCAGAUUCUCUUACAUCUUUUUGUUAAAAAGUUCUUAUACAAUUGUGGGUUCAAGAAAAAGAUUUAAGAAUUAGAAAAAAAUUGAUAAAUAUCUAAAUGUAAAUUUUGUCGAAAGAUUGGUAGACUUAACAUGAUAGAAUUGCAGGGAAAAUGUAGGAAAUGUUGAGCAGAAUUGAUGACUUGUAAGAACAAAUUUCUCAUGAGGCUAAUCUCAACAAGCGAGAUUUAUACCUUAAUGAAACAACAGAGCAAUUAGAUUAAUAAAUUGAAAAUAUCAGUGAAAUGGGGUAAUAAUUGAGACUGCUAACCGAUUUUGUAAAUCAUAUCAGAAAAGGCUUGAUCAGAGUGGAGGGGAAAAUUAAUGAAAUGAAGGAAUAACUCAAAAGCAUGGGUAACGAUAUUAAAUUUUUGAGAGGAAAAUCUGUGGAAUAAUUAUUUGAAAUUCGAAAAUGGAAGGUAUUGAGAGAUGCUGCACUUAAGAGUGCUAAAUCCAUUUACAUACCGUUAGAAACCAAAGAGAUAGAUCAUAAAGGUGAAAAGAAAGAGGAUGAAUUAAGUAUUUUAAUAAAUUUAGAACAAAUUAAUGAUACUCAAGGAGAAGUGAAUGAGUUUUUAUUAGAAGAGAAAGAUACAGUGUUAUUAAUUCAUGGGGUAGCUGGAUCUGGUAAAAGUACAACAGCUAAGAAAAUAGAAGAAUUUAUUUGGAAAUUACAUAACAAUAAUAAAAAAAUUAGAAAUCAAAUUCUCAUACCUGUUUAUAUCUCCUUACCCUCCUUAAAAAAUCCUGUGUUUUAAGCAGUGGAGGAAACGCUUCAUUAAGAUGAAUACGGUUUUGACGAACUUUAACUAAAGAGUGCAAAGAGAUGUUAGAGAAGAAAGAAUUCAGAUUGUUAUUGA